AUGGGAGACGACCAUAGCCUCAAGACGAGCCAUAUGGCCAUCGUGCUGGGGAUUGGUCUCGGUGUGGUGAUGCUUAUUGUACUCAGUCUGCUACAUUGUCUCGUCGAUUAUGAUUCCCCAGAUCGCGUCACAAGAGCCCCCUGCGCUAAUGCCAGCACGUUCAGUCUCACCAUCGUCGUCAAUCGCCGUGAUCGCCAGUCAUUAAUGCGCCAGAGGAAGAAUCCGGACGAAAGAUUGCGCCAUUUGGAUGCCGUCUCGCCCACCCGCACACUGGAGCAGUGGUGGACCAAUACAAAGGGCAAAAUGGGGCUGUCCGAGGCCGUUGACGGGCAAUUUGUUUGGUAG